GCGCUCGGCUGGUGAGGUCUGGGAGCGGAGCUAGGCGGUUAGCCGGUGUUCUCGGAUAUUGGCUACACUUUCUCGUUUUGCUCCAUAACUCUGGGGUUUGACAGGAUGUCAGGAUGGAGAAUGGUCCUGGCCUGCCAGACAGCCUGGUGCUGGAGAUCUUCUUGCAUCUUCCCCAUGCUGCGGUGCUGAGGGCUGGCCUGGCAUGCCGGCAGUGGUUUGCUGUAUCUCGGGAUGAGUUCUUGUGGAGGGAGCUUUUCUACAGCUACUACCGCAUCCCACGCACUGUGCCCCGCCACCCAGCGGCUGUGUCAUGGUACAGGGAAUUUAAAAGGCUGUAUGACUGCAUCCCAUGCGUAGAGGUACAGACACUGAGGGAACAUCAUGACCAGGUCCUACACCUGGCCUUUUCUCACCGUGGACACCGUUUCUCGUCAUGUUCCAAAGACUGCACUGUCAAGCUUUGGGACACGGAGCAGCCAGAUGGAAAUAUCUCUUUGGUGCACAGCUCCAGCAUGCGGCAGUUUAACUGGGGGUACACACAGUUCUCCCAGUUCAAUAGUGAUGACACCCUGCUGCUGGUGUCAGGAGUCUACCUCGGCCCACACCACUCCUCAUCAGGAGAGAUCGCUGUCAUUAGCUUGGAUAACUAUACGCUGCUAUCACGAGUGCGAAAUAAGCCUUACGACGUGUUUGGCUGCUGGCUGAACGAGACUCACCUGAUCUCUGGAAACCUGCACUGGAUCGGUAACAUGACCUCAUGCACCGUGCUCUGGCUCAACAAAGCUUUCCAGGAUAUCGAGUCUGAGAAUGUCAAUGUAGUCAAGCGGCUCUUCAAGAUCCAGAACAUCAAUGCGAGCACCAUUCGUACAGUGAUGGUGGCCCACUGCCGCAGGCAUGACACACCUGACCUGCUUUUGGACUAUGAGGCCCAAUCACAGGCCCGAGCCCAGGCCCAGCAGCAUGGGAACACUCAACAGCACCAGCCCAUGCUCUUUGACCUCGGAGCCUCUGACAGUGAGGAAGAAGGUCAUGAGGAGGAUGAAGAUGAAGAGAGAGGAGAGGGAAGGUGUUCAGCAUACGUUCCCCAUUUCAGUUCAUCUGGACAGGAGCAAAUCAAACAAAGUGCAGGUGCUCAUGACCGGGAACUGGAGGCACGGGUAGCUCGGAUGAUGGGAAGCAGACGGACGAAAGCUCCAGACCCCAGCCUGGUGACUCCCUCAGCUCCUGGGGAAGGAGAGGACAAGACCUAUCUACUGUUUACUACUGGCAGCCUUACCUACUCUCCUCACCAGAUAGGUAUUAAGCGGAUCAUGCCUGAUCAGAUGACUACAUGUGGGCCGGUGCUGGGGGAGGAACGAAGCAGUGAAGAGUUCUUUGAUUCUCUGGAUCACGUGAUCGAUAUUCACGGCCACAUCAUUGGCAUGGGGCUGUCGCCAGAUCACAGGUACCUGUAUGUGAACAGCCGUGCGUGGCCAGCAGGCUGCAUCAUUUCAGACCCCAUGUCCCCUCCGCCCAUUGCUGAAGAGAUUGACCUGCACGUGAUUGACCUGAAAAGCCUGCGAGAGGAGCGCCGCAGCCUCCGUGCUCACCGCGCCUUCACUCCUAACGACGAGUGUUUCUUCAUUUUCCUCGAUGUCAGCCGUGACUUCGUGGCCAGCGGUGCUGAAGACAAGCACGGCUACAUCUGGGACCGCCACUACAACAUCUGCCUGGCCCGCCUGCAGCACGACGACGUGGUCAACUCUGUGGCCUUCAGCCCGGCUGACCAGGAGCUGCUGCUGUCGGCCAGCGACGACUCCACCAUCAAAGUGUGGCGCUCGCCGCGCAUGGUGCGCCUGGCCCAGAGCCCCCCACGGCCCGCCAGGCCCCGAAGCAUCCUCUCCUCCCUGCUGGCCCGCAGACAUGCUAAUGCAAACUCUGCUGCUAAUAGCGUGAACGGCAAACCCUGACGAGGGUGGACCUGGUGUUACGCAGGAAAGCGCAGCCGCAGGGGCCCUGUCUGUAAAACACUCCGGAAACAGUGUGAGAGAUCACUGCUGGUUUAAACAGGUCUUGGUGGACAGUAAGGGAGAAGCAGCCCCAGCAGUGAGGUGAGUGUAGGUGUGUACGACACAUCUGGAGAGUCCUGUUACAAGCUGUACUCGGGCCUGCUGGGAAAGACGUAAGAAAAGGCGUAAACGAAGCUCUCUAUAUAUGAGUUCAUGAGAGAGAACGCUCUUGUGCUGCCAUUGUGUUUGAAAGAGAAUUUUUCCACGUUCCUGUUCCGUGAAGGCACCACAGUGUAUCAGUACUUGUUUUAAAAAAAAACUCAAAAAGUGUUUGUUUAUUUGGGCACAAAGACAGAGAAUGUCUUUAUUUUGAAGGAUAAGAUAGUUCAGAGAUCACUCUAGCUAUAUUAUACCCCUAAACAGAUCACUUAAGUAACUACUUUCUGUGUGUCAUGUUUGCUGUGGGUAGGUUCUUAUACAGCCACAUGCAAAAGUUUGGGCUUCUUCUGAAACAAUUUGGUUCACAUUUAGUAUAAUUCUUCUGCACAUAAAACAAAUCUGAAUUUUUAACGUAAAAUCAUUAAUUGAUUUUUUUCUCAAUUUGAACAAGAGUAUUAAGACACAUGCUCUAAAAAAGUAAAAAAAAAAAAGUUUCUCCUGGUUUGGAGCAUUGCUGUGAGGAUUUGAUUGCAUUCAGUGACAAGAGCAUUAGUGAGGUCAGAAUGUUUACCACCCCAUUAAUCUUGCUUAAAUUGUCAAAAAGCAUGUUAAUCUUUUGCAUUUUGGUUUUUACUCAACUAUUCGCAGUAAUAGUAAUGUAGACUUGGAGUGCCCAAACUUCUGCAUGACAACUUCAAUAAUUAAAACAUUUCCAAAACAGUCAUUUGAACAGAAGAGUCCAGACUUUUGCAUAAAUCUGUAGGUUCGUCAUGUUAAGCGUUCACUGUUUUUUUUUUUUUUUUUUUUUUAAACAAAAA